AUGCUGCGUUCGGGGUCGGUGCUGCAAGCUCACAAGGGCGCAUUCGGCGCGAGAGAUCCGGAGCCAAAGCCUAGGAAAAUACGGAUUUUCAACGCCGGUCCAUGGACCACACCGAGCAAUCAGGACAUCGAAUUGUCGAUCUAUUCGAAUAGAAUAAAGACAGUUAACGUCAAAUUCAAGCGCAUUGUUGAUUACUAUCGCAAAGAAUUUCAAUUCUAUCAAAAACAUGAGGAUUUAUUGUAUCAAAUGUAUCAGCACGUUUUGCAAAGGGAAGUGAUCAGAAAGGGAAACGAUCUAGAAUGGAAAGAUCGAAUUGAGGCCUUGGAAAAGCUCGAGAAACGUCUUGAUUUCAUUUAUUUUCAAUAUUUGCCAGAUUUAUUACAAAAAGAGUUGCUUUCUCGAGGAAUUCCCAAGUCUGUUUAUGCUUCUCUGGACAUUCCUGAGGCAAUACUGACACUCAAUUUUCAGCUUCAUGUGCGAAGAAAUGGGGAUUACUGGCGAAUCGACGGCUGUAGCCUGGUCAGGCUCAUCUACGAGAUCCCACUUUUUCUCCUCAACACCCAAAAAGUUCUCUCAUUAUGGUUCUCCACCAAAACUCGUGUAGUCUACACAUCUCCAUUUCCAAAUCCGUCUGAAGAACAGAAAAAGCAUGUGAUCUCCUUAUGGAGUUCAGAACCAUCCUCUAGAAAUGAAGCAACACCAAAGCCAGUACACAAAUCUUCACCACAAAUCGAUCACGGAACGCAAACCGAAGAAAAUCUCGAAAUAGUCAAUGAUUUUAAUGAUGAAACGAAUCAUUUUCCUGAAAACUCGACGAUCGAUAAAAUCUUAUUAUGCAGUGUUUGUCUGAAACAAUUCUCAUCAGAUCAAUAUCCAGUUACACUUAUUCCAUGCGGGCAUUCAAUGUGUGAAUCGUGUUGGGACAAAGAUGAAUGCUUCAAUUGUUUGGUUUGUGGACAAAGAAUCAAAAGCGGAGUGUUUUCGAAGACUUUAUUACAUUUUGUUCAACUUUUCGAAGCUCAGCCUCUUCAGUUAAUCAAUGAAGAAACAAAUAAUGAGGAAGAGAUCGCUGAAAAUGAAGUGCUAUCAAUGGAAAACGAGGAAAUUGUUAAGCCUCUAAAGGAGAAAAAGUUCGAUAAGGCAAAACUUUGCAUCACUGGACUACCGAAAGAUUUCACGGUGAACGAUGUUGUGAAUGGGCUUUUCGAGAGGUCUAAUGGGAUUGCACAUUGUGACGGACGCCCAGUCGUUUCCCUUCGAGUCACUGAUGACGACAAAUGGUUCUGUAUUGCUUACUUUAAUAGUAAAAAAAGUGCUGGAAAGGCUAAACGUAAAUGCGACUUUCAUUUGAGAGAGAAAUCACUUGCUGAUGCAACUGUGGACUUUUUAGAGAUCACUGAAGAGAAUGAGGAUUUGAUUUGUGAUCCUGUUAAAAUGGACGAGGAAUCGGCUUUAAACUGGGAGCCGAUGAUCAAGAAUUCAACGGUGAAAGAUGAAGCGCCAAAUGCUGCAGUUGAUGUUUCAGUGUUGAAUAAGAUUGAAUUUCAUAUAAAGCCAACGAAAGAUCUAAAUAAGAGGAAACUUUUCAUCAGCGGUUUACCAAGAGAAUAUCGAGAGUACCAUUUUCGGAAUGAGCUUUUCAGCGACGUCGAAUUGGUGACACAAAAUGACAAACUCCAAAUCCUUUUGAUGGACACAGGAGUGGCUCAGAAUUGUGUGGUUGAGCUGAAAAAUGAGAUCGAUGCAAAAAAGAUGAUCACGAGAUGGAACGCGCAAAUUAUGGAAAAUGGAAGGCGGCUGCUCGUCGAAUAUUAUGGAAAAGAUUUUCGGGAUUUUCGGGAAAAUUAUGCCUUGAUAGCAAGAGCGCCAAUCCAGCCGGUGGAGUUGCCCAAGGCACAGAAUGGAAUUCUUAAAACGGAAACGGGAUCGUCAGCACCUACAAGUUCUAAAAGCGAAACGCCUCAAUCAAGCGCUUCAACCUCAAAAGCAUCAACAAAUUGGACAAAUCUUGCGAUUUGUCCUGAAAAUAUGACAAAAAGUGCUCUAUUCAUCAGUGGUUUGCCAAAGGGUUCAUCUGAGAAGGAGAUUUUGGAAACUUAUCUGAAUGGUGGAAAAGAUAUAAUGAAAGAAGGCGGAAGGUACAAGAUGAUCACAAAACGUGCAGGAGAUGGUGUCAAUUGUAUUGUGUAUUUUCAAAAGAAAGACGCUGCCAGACAGAUAAUCACAAAAUGGAGCAACAAAGCGAUAUGCGGAAAUUCUCGACUACUUGUUGAAUAUUUUGGGAUCUCAAAGAGGGAUUUCGGGAUAAACUAUGGUCCAAUGAUUUACGAAAAUUCAAAGAAAGCUGUUGUCAAUAAUUCUGAUCCUGAAGAGAAUUGCCGAAUACGAAUCACGCGGAUUCCAUUCGGUUUCACCGAGAAUUUCAUCAUCCAGACGCUUGAUCAGAAAACAAUCGAUGGAGUCUAUGUAUAUAUCAGAAUGGUGAACGGAAAGAAUUUGCUUGAGUUUACACCAGCUACAGGGGAAUCGGCUCUAAACGGUCAAUGCAUUGUCACGCUGAAUACAAGGAAAGCCGCUCAAACUGUAGAUUUCGCUUUGCCUACAUUUAUGCAACGCCCUGCACUUGCGAUGAUUGGGACAUGGGCAAACGGAGAGCGGGAAGAAUGGUUGGUUGUUCUUUUGGACACCACCGUUGAUGACCGCAUCCCAGAUCCGAAAGGAGAAUGGGAUAUCCGACUGCCUCUC